AUGUUCAUUAGUCACCGAUUCAAGAGCGAAAGAUGCUUGGAGUGCAAAAGAAGGAAGAAAAAGUGUGAAAUCGUAGGAGAAAAAUGUGCAUACUGCGAGAGAACAGGAAAUAAAUGUCAGUUUCAAAGCAUCAAAGAGUUUUCCUGUAACAAUAAACCAACAAGAAGGAUUUCAAAGAAAAAAGGGGUGAAAUCGAAAAGAAAAAUUUCCUAUGUUAUCACUACCAUCGGCAGACCGAUCAUUUUUGUUCCCUUGAGAUCAAUAAAUAAUACGAUUGGAUCACCUUUGCUACAUGAAGACACAAUAUUAGUAAAUGCUUGGAAUAAUGACACAAUAGCUGGCCACUCGAUCACCCUCUUUGAUUUCAUUCUAUCAAGUAAAAGAGUUGAUUUAGUCAGAGCAGACGCUUGUGACAAUAAAAAAUCGAAAACGAGUAUUGCUACUGCAAUAGAUCAUAUGCCCAAAAAUAUAAUCUCCAUGAACGCAAAGGGUAAAAAAUCUUUGGCUUCAAAAGUUUCAAAAGAUUCAAGUAUCUCCUUAGACGAGAUAAGCCUUGAAAUAAAUAUAAAGAGUCUAAAAAAUGUCUUAUUCAUAGCAGAGGCAUCAAUUUCGAAGGAUAGAAAGCACACGAAGUUCGUUAAUUUACCAGAAUCAAUAAGUGGACAAUUCUCAGAAUUCUUGUUUAACCAUUACUGUGCAGUUUCUUGUGAAAAUAAAAGAAUAGAUGAUUCGAAAAUUAGUAUUCUCAGAGUGUGUCAUCCGUUAAUUUUUGGCAAUGUCACUGUUCUUAAAUGUAUUUUAAUUUUAUCUUUUUAUGAUUUACUACGCAUUAAUGAAGACUCUUCUAAACUAUUGGAAAAAAAGAAAGGAAUCCAUGCAAUGCAUAUUCAAGUUUUGGGGGAAUUAAAAGAACGGCUUAAUUAUUUUUCCUCUGUAUGCUGCGACCAUUCGUUGUUGUGUGUUUUAUUGUUACUAACAAUCGAAUUGAUCAAUGGCUCUAAAGGAACAUUAUGGAGAAAAUUACAGAAGCUAACCUUUAGCAUGAUAACGUUGAGAGGUGGAGUCGAAAAGUUAUCAUCGAACAUUACUGGUCUCUGUCUAUUGAAGUUGUUAACUAUCAGCUUAUCAACCGGAAUGUCAGUUCAGAAUUUGGACAGAAAUAACGACUAUGUUUUCAGUUUAAAAGAGUUUUUUUCUUCCAUGCAUGCCAAUAAUCAGUUUGAGUUUUUUGACAAUUUUAACUACAAGUCUUCCCUUACCUUGAUUGAAUUAAAAGAAGUGGUGGUAAUUUAUGGACAUAUAUCAUCUCUUCAGCGUUUAAUGUCGGUGUCUCUUAGCGCAAAUAGGGAUGAAAAUACUUGGACGUCAGAGCGUUUUAUGACAUAUGACUCCGUUAGCUCAGCGAAUUUGGGACUAGUGCUUCAGGAUGCUGAAAAAUUAGAAAAACAUAUAGAGAUAUACAACAAGGAAAAUUCUCUAACAAACGCUUCUCGUUGCCAUGAUAUACAAAUAAUUUUCGCAUUGAAGGUCUCAAAAUUAUAUAUAUAUCAGGAAAUCUAUCACCAAGUAUCUAUGUCCCCAAUGACUAUUUUGUUGGUUGAAGAACUAUUAAAGGAUGCUGAUAGCUUGUUCAACAUUCUCGAAUCAUUAGAGGAACAUGAAGCUAAUGACAUAACUAUUAUCAUAUUACCACUAUUUUGUUUAGGGGUGGAUUUGAUUUCGAAGGAUGUUAGAGAUUGGUAUUUUGAUAAAUUACAUCAGCUACUAGUAAAAACUAAAAGGAAAAUGAUAAAAACUUCUAUUGAAUUACUCCAAAUGGUUUGGAAUUUAAAUAGAGAUGGCACGCUCUUUGUAGACUGGAUUCCACUUGCUGAUUUAAGCCGCUCUUGUAUUUCUUUAACUUGCUGA